CUGACGUUGUUCUUCGAGUUUCUGCUGAAUCAUCAUCUCUUCCUCCUUCAUUUUUCUUAACAUUUCAAGUUCUUCCAGGGCUGCCUCCCGUUCUUUUUCCAGCUCAAUCCUCUCCAACAUUCUCUUUUUUUCUUCAUCUAAGAUUCUCUUGUAAUUAUAAAUCCAAUGUGCCAGGUACUCUAUUGGGUCUGCUGGCCGAUGCUCUACAACCUCUGCCAGUCCCUUUUUCAGGCAACUUCCCAGGCAUCUCUUCAGAUAUUGAGACUCCAUUCAGAUCUACUCGCCCUGCAGACCGGCCCUGGCUGCCAGUCGUCUGCCCACGGCCUCUGCCCGCUGGCCCCGGCCGCCACCCUCAGACCCCAACGGCCCGAACGGUCGCAACGGCCCGGUCGCAGCGCGUGCUGCCGCGUCGCUAAGCAACGCCGCUCGCCACGUAGCCGGCGGGAGGCCGGCGAUUGGAGGAGGGGCCCGGCGGCGAUGGCGGAGGGCGGCAAGAUGGCGGCGGGCAGCGGCAAGAUGGCGGCGGAGGCUCGCGUGGGGCAGGUGGUGCUGCCGGGCGACGUGCUGCUGCUGCCCGCCCGCCCCGACCACGACGCCGAGCAGCUGCCGCUGGACUCCGGGGCGGCCCCGCGGGGCCGGCUGCUGUGCGGGCCCGGCCUGCGGCGCUGCGCGGCCGGGCUGCUGGUGACCAAGUGCGGGCUCUUGCGGCACCGCCAGCCGGGCGGCGGCGGCGGGGCGACGGCGGGAGGCGCCUACUGGGUGGACUCGCAGCAGAAGCGGUACGUGCCGGUGAAGGGCGACCAGGUAAUCGGCAUCGUGACCGCCAGGGCGGGGGACGUCUUCAGGCUGGACGUCGGUGGGAGCGAGCAGGCCUCGCUGUCCUACCUGGCCUUCGAGGGAGCGACCAAAAGGAACCGGCCCAACGUGCAGGUGGGAGACCUUAUUUAUGGUCAGUUCCUUGUAGCAAAUAAAGACAUGGAACCAGAGAUGGUCUGUAUAGACAGUAGUGGAAGAGCAAGUGGCAUGGGAGUAAUUGGAGAAGAUGGAUUCCUCUUUAAAGUUUCCUUAGGUCUGAUAAGAAAGCUCUUGGCUCCCAAAUGUGAAAUAAUUCAGGAGUUGUCACAGUUGUACCCAUUUGAGCUGGUGCUGGGAAUGAAUGGAAGAAUAUGGGUAAAAGCAAAAACAGUUCAACAGACUUUAAUUAUAGUAAAUAUUUUAGAAGCCUGUGAGUAUAUGACUUCAGAGCAGAGAAAACAAGCGCUUGCCAAACUAUCAGGAAAUUAAGUAGACAACAACUUGAGGAUUUGAGAUAACUACAGGGUGUUUUGGUUAUUUUUGUAUACAAAAUAUUUAUAUUAAAAGUGAUAUUCCAAAUGAA